UCGCGGAUCGGGACUCGUAUUCUUCUUCACAAGAUGGCUCCUUCUGCUACAGAAUGCUGGUGAAAUCACUGGAUGUAGAAACAUCAAGUUCCGACGUGGGAGGCUCUCCAUUGUCGCCACACCCGCCUUGAGCUUUGGGCACGGUCUAUUCCCGUUCACUCAUCCGAUGAACAAUUUCCAAGAAGACAAAUUACCGCCUUCUCUCACUCUACCCACAACUUUCUUCUCUCAAAAAGUCGCAAGCCUUUCUGGAACAAGCAAUGGAGUUCAGUCUUGGAUUUGCUCGUGCAGUCGUCACCGCGGUCGUUAUAGAAAGACUUUGCUACCUGGUCUAUUUGCUGACGGCCAAUGAUCGCGCGAAGCGUUUACCUUUCGCCUUUACGUUUGGUUCUCAGGGGCGAAGCAAUCACAAGAUACCCCAGAAGCCGAAGUACAUUUUCCAUGUACACCGACACGGCGAGCGCAAAGUGCGCCAUCACCCUCGACCCCGCAAAACUCGAGUGUUGCCAUCGCGCCCUGCCAUUGUUACCAAGGCCGAGGCACGGGAAGAGUACAUGCCAGACUACUUCCCACGCUUUGUCCAGCUUCCACUCGAGAUACGUGAGAAGGUAUACCAUUACGCGAUGGACGGCCUCUCAACACGGUACUUUGUCCAGGCAUGCAAGAAAAUCUCGCCACUGGCCGUAGCUCCAGCUACACUUCCAGAUUUAUGUUUUGCUAGCAAGCAAUUACAUGAGGAAGGCCUCACAGUCUGGAUCCGCCGUACACGCUUCACGGUUUUGAAGACCAGCAUAACACACGUGUUUCCUCUGAUGAACUUCCUUUCCCGUGUCGACGGCUUUAAACACGUGCGCAUGCUCUGCUAUGGCGAUCUCCUCGCCUACGGCCUGAAAUACCAGAGGACGUACGUGGCCACGUGUGAAGAUCUAGCGGCCAAGUGCACUGGACUUUGCAGUCUGAUUUUCGAGCUAGAUUAUUUCUGGCUGACAGAUUAUACGCGUGUGCCAGCGCCGGUGAAGCUGGCUCCGAAAGAUGAGGUAAAGAAGCGGUUGAAGCUUGAGCCAGUCUACCAGCUACCCAGUUUGAGGAGGCUGAAAAUCGAGGUAGUGGUGCCCUGGUCCCGAGCAAAACGUUUUGAACAGCAGGGUGGAAUGUCAACUUUGACGGAGAUAGUCACCGAAGGCUUUGAAGCGGCAGGGAAAGGUGGGGUUGUAGAAGUGCAGCUUGAGAUGAUAGCCAGGAGGCUGUUGGUUGGACCGUAAUGCUGGGGAUAGCCAGCUACUAGACUUCGUAGCGGUAGAAAAAAUAUUCAUGUAUAAUAGUACAGUACUGAGACAGCGAC